AUGUUCAAUCCACUUCAUCCGCCACCAUCACCUCCUGCUUUUGCAGGUGACCAUGUGUUACCAGAGGAGGACGCGGCAAUUCUUUCAAGGUUGAUUUUCCAAUGGUUAGGCCCGUUUCUUGCCGUUGGCUUCUCAAGGCCUCUCGAAAAAGAAGAUUUAUGGCGGCUACCCCAGAAACAUACUACCGGUUCGGUCACUGAUGAUGUAGAAAUCAACUUCUACUCUCGAUGUCCUCCUGAACAAAGGCCUUUCCCCCUCCGUCACAAACUUCCUAACGACGCUGAAGUUCCUGACUCGAGGGAAUCACUUGAAAACGCUGAAAAUCGUGCACCUGACGCUAAAAGGAAGUCAACUAUAAAAUACGAUUCGUCUCUAACGAAGGCACUUCAUCGAACAUUCUUUGUUCGUUUCUGGUCUGCUGGAGUAUGCAAACUAGUCGGAGACACGUUGAAGACCGCCACGCCUUUGGUGACAAAACUCCUACUGACAUGGUUGACUGAGUCGUAUGACUACUACCGUCUGACGGAUGAACAAAGAGUAUCGGGAGUAAUGGAACGUCCAAAGGGAAUUGGCUACGGCAUCGGACUUGGCUUUGCGAUUUUUGUGAUGCAAGGUAUGACGGCCCUGAGUUCAUCAGUCAGUAUGAUAACUGGGUUGUUAUUAAGGACCGGAAUCAUUGGGAGUAUCUUUCGAAAGUCUUUGAGACUUUCUGGACGAGCCCGGCUUGAGCAUAGUGUUGGGAAGAUUACUACCAUGAUUUCUUCAGAUGCAAGUCGUCUUGACCGGCUCUGCAUGUAUAUCCACAACGCAUGGGUGGCUCCAAUCCAGAUUGUAAUUGUUAUUGGGCUCCUGAUUAAUAACCUUGGAUAUUCUGCCUUGGUUGGCCUUGGUGUUCUCGUUUUCAGCUUUCCGAUGCAACUAUACAUUGGUCGCAUCAUGUUUGGUCUUCGAAAGAAGAGCAUUAAGAUCACAGACGCUCGUGUACGAGGCACGACAGAGGUUCUUCAAGGCAUCCGACUUAUAAAAUUUUACGCAUGGGAGAGUUUCUACUCGUUCCAGAUCGGUAAGCUACGCCAGAAGGAAAUCAGCAUUAUCAAGCAAGCCGCGCUUGCCCGUGCGGGACUUAUUGCCAUCGUCACUUUCAUUCCUGUUCUUUCGUCGGUCCUGUCAUUUAUUACUUAUGGGCUCACCGGACACAGUCUCAAUAUUGCCAUCAUCUUCAGUUCUCUACAAUUCUUCAAUAUCAUUCGAACUCCUCUCAUGUUCUUACCUCUAAUUGUCACUGCCGUCUCCGAUGCAUUAGUGGCAUUAGGUCGUAUCUCCAAGUUUCUGACGGCCGAGGAACUUUCCAAUCAAUACAUCGUCAAUGAAGACAGUAAACAUGCCGUGGAAGUCGACGGGACCUUUACUUGGGAAACGGUGGAGCGACCCGACAGCCUCAAGUUUGGACCUCCUCGUGGUGGGAAACCUGACAAGCGGGAUAAACAGAAGACAUUGCCCCUCUCGAAGGCAGAUGUCGAUGAUACUUCUUCGCAAACGGCAACUGAUCAACCCUUCGAACUCCAAGAUCUUCGCAUGACUAUUCCUAAGGGUGGCUUCGUGGCUAUCGUAGGCCGUGUCGGCUCCGGAAAGAGUUCGAUUUUGCAAGCCCUGAUCGGUGAAAUGCGACGGAUCAAGGGCGAGGUUAUUUUCGGUGGUUCGGUGGCCUACGCGCCUCAGAAUGCUUGGAUCAAGAAUGCCACUGUGCGAGAGAACAUUUUGUUUGGCCAAGACCUCGACGAAGAUAGACUCCAACAAGUUAUUACCGCUUGCAGCCUGGAACAUGAUCUUGCCAUGCUUCCCCAAGGAGAAGAAACGGAAAUUGGCGAGAAGGGAAUCAAUUUGAGUGGCGGCCAGAAAGCUCGCGUAUCCUUGGCCCGUGUUGCAUACUCCCCGUCAGAUAUAGUGCUUCUUGAUGACCCGCUCUCAGCCGUAGACGCGUACGUUGGCAAGGCUAUCCUAGAUAACUGUCUGCUCAAGGGACCCCUUGCUUCGAAAACGAGGCUUCUUGUCACCCAUGCAUUGCACGUCCUAGAUAAAGUGGACUACAUCUAUGUUGUCGACGACGGCGUAAUUAAAGAGCAGGGAACGUUCGCUAACCUUAUGGAUAGUAGUGUCAUCUUCUCUCGUAUCAUGGAAGAAUAUGGGACAAUGGAGAUCGACGAAGAUACGCCGGAGAAAAGCGACGUUGUUGACAUCAAGGGAGAGAAAGCAAGCACAGACACACUGAAAGACAAGAAGGGAGCUCUCAUGCAGACAGAAGAAAGAUAUACUGGAGCUGUUACUUGGACGACGUAUCGUGACUACCUGCGCUUCGCUGGAGGUGUUAUCUGGGCACCGAUUUUGCUGUCUCUGCUAGUCUUGAACCAGUGUUCCCAAGUCGGAAAUAACCUCUUUUUGGGUUUCUGGACUGGAGAAAGUAUUCACGGAUUCACCCAAGGACAGUAUAUGGCUGUCUACGCCGGUCUCGGCAUCUCCCAAGCAGUCUUUACUUUCUUAGUGACAGCCGGCUUUGCCAUGGCUGCAUUGAUUGCUAGCUUAUCCCUGUUCAAAACUGCAUUGUCAAGAGUAUUGAGAUCUCCGGUCUCUUUCUUCGACACGACUCCUGUCGGUCGGAUAUUGUCAAGACUUUCAAAGGACCAAGACACUUUGGAUAAUGAACUGGCCACAAUUCUCGCGCAGUUCCUUACCACUUUCAGUUCCGUCGUUGGAACAAUCGCACUCGUUUUCUACACAUUUCCGCUCCUUGGGAUCAUCUUUGGUCCCAUGAUCGUUCUGUACUACUUGGUGGCGAUGUAUUACCGUCGAUCGUCUGUGGAGACCAAGCGACUUGACUCCCUUAUGCGUUCAGCUUUAUACAGCUCUUACUCAGAAACAUUGACUGGUCUUGCGACGAUACGAGCGUUCCGUGAACAGGACCGUUCCAUUAGGAAUGCUGAAUCUGGACUCGACUUGGAGAACAGGGCAUAUUACAUGACUAUUUCCAUUCAACGAUGGCUCAGUGUCCGUCUCGAUAUUUUUGGGAACGUCCUCAUCCUCGGAAUAGCCCUUUUUGCCGCUGGAUAUAGAAAUACCGUCAACCCGUCCAAGAUCGGAGUUGUCUUGACGUAUACGUUGAACAUCACACAGAUUUUCUCUGACAUGGUAUCCCAAUUCGCACAAAAUGAGCAGAACAUGAAUGCGGUGGAGCGUGUACUGGUGUAUACAGAGUUGACAUCGGAAGGGAACACCAUUCCACCGGACGAGCCAUCCGCUGAAUGGCCUGAAAAAGGCGUUAUCAGUUUUGAAGACGUUUCCCUGGCCUAUAGGGAAGGACUCCCACUCGUCCUUCACGGCGUCAGCUUCAAAAUCAAUUCCGGCGAGAAGGUGGGAAUUGUAGGCAGGACCGGAGCAGGCAAGAGCUCCUUACUGCAGGCCCUCUUUCGAAUUGUCGAACUUCAAGGAGGAAGGGUAGAGAUAGACGGCCACGACAUCAGCAAAAUAGAACUCGAUACCCUUAGAGGCCGCCUGGCACUAGUACCUCAAGAUACGACGAUGUUUCUGGGAACUUUACGGGAUAACCUUGAUCCUCAGGGCUCACGCACGGAUGCCGAACUCAUAUCGGUUCUCCAGCGCUCGUGGCUUCUCCCUCCGGACGGCGUCAAGGAUGCAGUAGCUGAGGCCAAGUUCAGCUUGGAUGCGACCGUAGGAGAUGAAGGGUCUAAUUUUAGUGCGGGUGAGAAGCAACUGCUCGCUCUUGGCCGUGCGCUGGUCAAAAAUAGUAGAAUCAUUAUUCUGGACGAAGCGACGAGUAGCGUGGAUGUCGAAACAGAUGCGAAACUACAGAGGACGAUCCAAACCGAAUUUUCUUCUUCGACAGUGCUUUGCAUAGCCCACAGACUGAAUACAAUAGCUUACUACGACCGUGUAAUGGUGAUGGAUGCCGGAGAACUGGCAGAGUUCGACACGGUCAUGAACUUGUUCGACAAAGAGGAUUCUAUCUUCAAGUCGUUGUGCAAUGAGGCAAACUUACAACGUUCCGACAUUGAGCGCAUUCGGAUAGAUCACGGAAAAGCAGCCAUAUAG